GGACCCCAGUAUUGGAGCCCGGGGGGAGCCGGCCACUGCAAAGCUGGGGAGGCUUUGAAAUCCAAUCUGCCCCGAGCGUCCGUUCGGCCUGGCAGAUGGGAGGACGUCAGACGUGACCGGGAGGAGAAAGGGACCGUGUUCCCUCUCUGGGCUGGGCCCCGGGGCGAGCGGUGGGCUCGGAAGCCGUCCAGCCAGGAGGGCGAUCGAGCAAAUCCCCAGAGGGCGAUGCCCGGGAACAUCUCCCGCUUGGUUCCCUGAACUAGCAGAGAAAGAAGGACUCCCCCGAAAAAGGCGGCGAAGAUUGGAAAGAUGAACCCUUAAGAGAGACGAGCCGAAGCGUAAACGCCGGGAGGAAGAGAGGAAGCCGACUUGGAAGCGGAGGAAGAUGAGCGCCUGCGCCAACCCGUGCGGGUCCAAGCCCGGCCCGAGCGGGCCCGAGGGAGGCUAUCCGCGCUACGGGGUCCGGUCCUACCUGCACCAGUUCUACGAGGACUGCACGGCUUCCAUCUGGGAGCCCGAGGAUGACUUCCAGAUCCGGCCGUCGCCCAACCGGUGGAGCUCCGCUCUGUGGAAGGUCGGACUCAUCUCCGGGACGGUCUUCAUGGCGAUGGGGCUGACGGUCCUCGCCGUGGGCUUCCUCGUGCCCGCCAAGAUCGAGGCCUUCGGCGAAGGGGACUUCGUGGUGGUGGACCCGCAGGCCAUCCAGUUCAACGGGGCCCUGGACGCCUGCAAGCUGGCGGGAGCCAUCCUGUUCUGCCUGGGCGGGUCGGCCAUGGCCGCGGGCCUCCUCACGUCCGCCUUCGCCAAGAACUACUCCAAAGAGGAAAAGUUCCUUCAGCAGAAGUUCAAGGAGAGGAUAGCGGACGUCAAAGCACGCGGCCAGCCGGUCACCAGGGCCCCGGGCCCGGGGGAGGCCAAGAUCCCUGUCACUUUGUCCAAAGUCCAGAACGUCCAGCCUUCCUCCGAGACCUGACAUUCCUUCCUCUCCCCCGGUCCCGCCGACGCCCGGGCAUCGGCCAAGUGUGGAAGGUCCCCUUCCCCCCUCAUAAUGAGGAUCGGGUCCUUGGGGCCCCGGGGGAGUGGGCCUGGCGGGGAGGGGGGCCGACCGGGAGCCAGAGCCCCUCAGCUGGGUCGGCUCUGACCUGUUUGCACGAGCACGGUCGUGGGCUCGCGUCCCCGUCCCCCCCCCCUUUGCUCCCCACCCCGUGUGUCUUGCUGUGCUGAUGCGGGAUCCCCCUUCGAAGCCAAUGCUGACGCAUGGUGACCCCUCGCCCUCUUCCGUGUGUCGGGGAAUCGUGGGGCGGGGCAAGGGAGAGAUCCUCAAGCUCGCGCAACCGGGCACGGUCUCCUCUCCUUCUGUCUGCCUCCCGAUCUUUUCCGCUUGGUAACGUUUCCAACGUCAGUCCUACUCUGAGAUAGUGUCUUGUGUUUCCCUGGAAAACCCAGUCUCCUUAAUCGAUUCUGGGCCUCUGCCUCGUCACUAUAUCCUAUUACCCCGGGGCUCUUCCUCUAGCCCUCGCCCCACCUGGUCCCCCCGACUUCUCACACAAGAUUUCUGAAAUUCGAAGUCAAGAGUCUAAAAGGGAAGCAUUUCCACGGCGGCUCUGAGCGUCUCCGUCCGCCCUUCCCGUUUCCUGUUCUCCUCCAUUAUGACGUGCUGCCCAGUAGAGUUUGUUCCGGCCCGGUCACCUCAAAGCCCCAGAUUCCCGUUUUGAAUGAGAUUUACUGUCCCAAAACAAGCCUCGUACAGAAAUCAACCCGUUCCCGGCUAGGGACGCUUCGGUAUCCUUUCUGCAAUAUUUUUGUAGGUCGCCGAGAAAGCCCCGCACCCUUCCGGACCACUUGGGCCCCGGCCCUCGGCCGAGAAAGGCUUUCAUUCCCGGUGACGGAUCUUAUUCUCCUCCAGACCAGUCGUCUCAUCUCUCCGCACUUUAAAUUAAUCUGUGGGUUUGAAUUAGGCUGCUAAAGGGAAGGUGCAAAGUCCUGUCUUCUCCCCACAUCCGUGUCCUGCCCCCACGUGGGGUUCUCUCUAUUUUUUUGAAUGGAAUAAAGAAAGUCGAGUCGAA